AUGUCGGCUUUGUCGGACUUUGUGAAUGAAUAUCGAACAAAAUCGGGUACCUCUUCGACCAGAACUUUCAACGUGGCCCACUUGGGAUCGAAUGUGGCAAAUGCCUUCAAAGGAUAUUUGAGGACCGAUUUGUCAGAUGAUACAGAAGCGUUGACGGAUACUCCGAGUACAAGCGGUUCAAUGCCGCAAAGUCGGAAUCGGUAUGUCAUUUUGCCUUGUUUUUUGGACUUUAGGAGGCAACUAUUGUCGAUACGACAAGAAAUAAAGCUUUUUUUAAAUUGUUGGUCUAGAAGCAGAAGACCUAUCGUCAGUUGUGAACAUUCUCUUUGCCUAAAAUACAUCUCAAGAAAUUAUUUAUGGCAUUAUUUUAGACGCCUUGGUGGCUGGUUUAGUUUUGGCAACGAUGAAUCCCAAUGUUGCGGAUUGUCGAGACUACAGAGGAUUGCAUUCUUCUUCAUGUGCAUUAUCGGAGCUGCCUUUUGUUUCGGAACGGUAAUUAUUGCCUUAAUUUUUAAAUUCUUUCCUUCUUUUUCCAUCUAAUCUCAUUCCAAUUUUUAGGCAGUAUUGUUGCUUCCGAUGCUUAUUGUAAAUACGAGGAAAUUCGCUUCGUUAAACACCUUGGGUUCCGUUUUCUUUCUUAUCAGGUAAGCAUAAUUAUAAUACUAUAUUUUUUACGAAACGAGGGUUCAUGGAGUUUGUUUUAGUUUCGGAUUUUUAUGGGGUCCGAUCCCAUACAUCCAGUUCUUGUUCACUCCACAGCGUCGGUAUGUGACUGCGGCCUACCUGAGCUCGGUUUUGGCGACUUUAUACACUUCAUUAUGGGUAAGUUCAAAUUUUAUUGGUUUGGGGUUUGAUUGUGAUAUAAAGCUGGCAGAGACAGAACCAAAGUUUUGCUGACCUCUCUGGUUGCUUCAGGGUGCUGAAGUAAUAGGUUGA